CCUCCUCCCUCCCCUCUGGGCAUAUGAAAAGCGGAUGCAGCCCAUCGUCCUCCCUCCAAGCGCACACGAUCCCUUCUGCGACCUGAUCCUCCCUCUCCAGGCCUCGAUCCCGCAGCAUCCGCGCCUCCUCCUGCGGUUGGUGGCGCUGCCAUGAACAAAGGCUUUGCCCGGAAGAGCCACACAUUCCUGCCCAAGAUAUUUAAGAAAAUGUCUUCCCAGCCCAAAGAACGUUCUGAAGGUUUGCAGUUCCCCUUCCUGGAUGAUGAUGACACGAUCGACACUAUCCGGGAAUCGAAAACUGUCAUUGUUCUUCGGGGUCUUCCGGGCAGUGGGAAGUCCACUUUGGCACAGGCCAUCCAAGACAAGUACAAAGAUGCUUGCAGAAUCGUCUCUGUUGACAAGUACAAAAUCCAGCCAGCCAUCCGGAGCGCCAUUCCUGAUGAUUACGGCAAGGUAGACGAGGAUCUAAAUGCCUAUUGCAAGCGUGACGUCAGUGUGGUGGUGGUGGAUGACACUCAUCAUGAGCGGGAACGGCUAGAUCAGCUCUUCGACAUUGCUGACAAGUACCGCUAUGAAGUCAUCAUUGCAGAGCCCAAGACGGCGUGGAAAUUGGAUUGCUUGCAGCUCAAGGAUAAGAAUCAGUGGAAACUUACAGUGGAUGAUCUAAAGAAGCUGAAGCCCAGCUUAGAAAAGGACUUCCUUCCCUUGUAUUAUGGAUGGUUUUUGAGUAAACGGAGCUCGGAGAACUUGCGGAAGACCGGGCAGGCAUUUUUGGAUGAGCUUGCCAAUUCUAAAGUCUUCAAAAAGGAGGCCAAUAAGCACUUUGGACAAGCCAGCGAAGACCCCAAAGUGAAAAUUGACUUGACUGGCUACUUUGCGAAAAGGCCACCCAGUGUCUUGCACUGUACCACCAAAUUCACUGACUUUGGAAAGGCCCCAGGAGCAGAUGACUACGCACAGCAGGAGAUUGUGAAGUCCUCUUAUGGGAAAUCCUUCUUCCUGACCACCACUGCUCUCUUCAUCACCCCAAGAACUGUCGGGGCCCGUGUGGAACUGAAUGAGCAGCAGUUGGCCCUGUGGCCGAGCGAUGUGGACGUGCUCCCACCAGCGGUCAGCUUCCCCAAAGGCAGCCGGGCCCACAUCACCCUGGGCUGUGCCAGUGGGAUAGAAGCCGUCCAGACCGGCCUGGACCUCCUCGAAUUUGCCAAGCUGGAGAAGGCGGGGAACAAAGGCGAGGAGGUUGGGGAGAUUGGGGGCGGGAAACUUUUGUCAUACGGGAAUGGCCUUUGGAUGCUGGUGUUCUCCAAAAAGAUUGAAGUCAGGGCCAUCUUUUCCGGCUACUACGGAAAGGGGAAACUGGUGCCAACUCAAGGGGGCAGCAAGCGGGGGUCACCCCUUAAUGCCUGCGUCAUCAUCUAAAGGCAGACUCCUCUGGUUCUACAUCCCUGUGUAACCUUUUCUAAGAACACACACACGUACACACAUUAUCUUCUCAUUCAAUAAAUUCACGCACAGCCCCGUUUCCUACCAAGAUACUUCUCCCCUGCUCUUU